AUGGCCGACGCACCACGAGGCGGAGCAGCAGCUCGCGGAGGAGGUUUUGGAUCGCGCGGCGGUGACCGUGGCGGCGACCGUGGACGCGGACGCGGACGACGAGGACCCCGUCGCGGUGCCAACAAGAACGAGGAGAAGGAGUGGCAGCCAGUGACCAAGCUGGGCCGAUUGGUGAAGGACGGCAAGAUCAAGAGCAUGGAGGAGAUCUACCUGCACAGUCUGCCCAUCAAGGAGUACCAGAUUGUCGAUUUCUUCCUGCCCAAGCUGAAGGACGAGGUCAUGAAGAUUAAGCCCGUUCAGAAGCAAACCCGUGCCGGUCAACGAACUCGAUUCAAGGCCAUCGUCGUCAUCGGUGACUCCGAGGGCCACGUCGGUCUCGGUAUCAAGACAUCCAAGGAAGUCGCUACUGCUAUCCGUGCUGCCAUCAUCAUCGCCAAGUUGAGCGUUUUGCCGAUUCGCCGUGGAUACUGGGGUACCAACCUGGGUCUUCCUCACUCUCUUCCCACCAAGGAGUCUGGAAAGUGUGGUUCCGUAUCGGUCAGACUCAUCCCAGCUCCCCGUGGUACCGGUCUCGUCGCCUCCCCAGCUGUCAAGCGUCUCCUCCAACUCGCCGGUGUUGACGACAUCUACACCUCCUCUUCCGGCUCCACCAAGACUCUCGAGAACACCCUCAAGGCCACCUUCGUCGCUGUCGGCAACACAUACGGAUACCUCACCCCCAACCUGUGGAAGGAGACGAAGCUCAUCCGCAGCCCGCUGGAUGAGUUUGGAGAUGUUCUGCGUGCGGGAAAGCGUUACUAG